UGUCGUCUUGAAUUAUUGCUGAGUUACGGAAUAGUUUUGCAGAUUUACGGAUGAAAGAAUAAGUCCAGGUUAAUGAAAAUGUGCACACGUACAGAAGGGGGUUACCUGAAGUCUACUCGGUCAAGCAUAGCAUACAGUUCUGAGACAAUAUCUUAUACAAUUAAAGUAUAAGUAAAGAGUGAUCAAUUGGGAAGUUAAAUCAGUUUUAAGACAGACUUUUUUUUUCCUUUCUUGAGCACUAUCAGAGAAGUGUAAAGUUUGUGAAAAAAAAGUGAAAAUGAAGAUUUCGUGUCUUUUUAUUCUUUGUGGUUCUGCUUCUACAUAUACAUCAACUUUGGAGGAUGAAGGUGUACUGCAGCAGUACGUUGAACUACCGUUUCCUCAUGUUGAUCAUGGACUGCUCAAGCUAGAGAAAGAUUAUUAUGGUGGUGAGAUAUCUAUAGACAUUGCUGAAUGCAAAAUCAACGAAUGCAAAGAUUUAGAAAAAUCUGCGAACCAAUCCAAACCAAACCAAACCAACAGCUGUAUUUAUCAUUGCCCACCACUUUCAAUAGAAAACUAUUUAGCAUUUCCAAACAAUCUCCACAACAUUAACCAUUACUUAUUCAAAGGAAAACAGACUUUUCAAAAAGAUUUUCGUGUUUUAAUUGCUGGUGGAGGGACAGGGAUGAAUACUCUUUAUAUUGCAGAACAGCUUAACCAUACAAAUAGUGAGAUAGUGUACAUUGACCUCAGCCCUAAAUCUACAGACAUAGCACGGUUAAGAGCUGAAUAUAGGCAUCUCAAUAAUAUAAGAUUCUUCAAUGAUAAGAUAGAGAAUAUACCCAACCUAAAUCUAGGGAAGUUUGACUUCAUUGAAUCAACAGGAGUUUUACAUCAUACAGAGAGUCCACUGUUCAGUCUGAAGGUUUUGAAGGAUAGUUUAAAACCAGGAGGAGGAAUGAGUAUAUUUGUUUACUCAACAAACACAAGAAAGUAUGUUUAUCUGAUGCAGGAGAUUAUGAAACUGAUGAAAGAUGACUCUGAUGGUAUAUUUGAUGAACUAAGAAACCUUAAAGAAUUGCGAGAUGUACUUCCUAAUAUUCCUCUGGGGAAACUGACUAAUCAAGGUUCAUCAUUGCAUGACGGAGGAGAAAGUGAUGAGAAUCUCUACGACCUGUAUCUUCAUAAGAGAGAUGUUUCAUUUACUUUGCCUCAGCUACUUGAAUGGGUCACGGAUGCAGGAUUGAAUUUGAUUGAUUGGUCCAACCCUGAGGCUGCAUGGAAUAUAAAAACAGUUGUAAAUCCAUAUUCAGAGAAUGAUUCUCUGGCAAGUUUUAGAAAGUUAAUGAACAAAUUGAAUAGCGAUGAUAAACGAGCAGUUGCAGAUCUUAUGCUUUCAUUACCAAACCAUCAGUUUUACCUUUCAACAGACCAGAAUGCUAAAGCAAGUCCGAACAAUUUGGAUUUGAUGCCAUACUUUCCUUUUCCAAUCAAGAAUCUAGACAAAGUAGUUCGGAGCCAAUUAAGCGGUCAACAUAUUUCAAAGCAUUUGGAGAUGAAGCAUGUUUUAGAGUUUUAUACUGGAAGAAUCUCUCAGCAUGGUUUCAGUCUUCCAGAUAACCCCAGUCUAAAGAAGUUUUUGAAGCGGAUUCAAAGAAAACCGAUGAAAACGCUUCGGGAAAUAUUUUUAGAACUAGGAACCCAAACUGGACGCCCUGUCGACCAGUUCCAGAAAGAGUUCCAGAACUUUGCUGCACAUUUUGAGCACUUUUUGCUGUUAGGGAACACGGAAAUGGGGAAUUUACCAAGAAGUGAUAUUGAUCAUGUUUUUGAAAUUGAUAUCACAAAAACAGGGAUAGUAUAAUGGCAUUUAUGUGUGAAAAUAGGUUCUUUGAGUUUUAACUGAUUAUCUAAUAAAUAUAAAAAUCAAAACCAUUAAUUAUUCUAUACUUUUGACUACAACUUGUCAUACUUAAAUUCUUAUAAAAACAAAGCUUUAUUUA